AUGGUUGAGCUAUGCGAGUUGAAAAUGCUUCCCGAUGCGGAUGAAUGGCCACCGGAUAUCGAUGAUCGAAUCGCGAAUCUGGACUUUGGCGCGUCAGAUUCGUUGUUUGGGAGUCUGCUGGAUGGAACAGUUUCUACCGACUCUUUAGACUCUGAGCAAUUGAGACAACGAUGUCAAUAUAAUAAAGAGGAUUAUAAGAUAACGAUGGCUGAUUCGGGGCAAUGGGCAUCGAUGGGACAAUCGGGGAGAAACGGUUUCACAACUUGGGGAAGAAUUCAUUCACAAGAGCCACUCGACGAGCGCUUCGGCUCGAAAACGGCUUCAGCGCCGGAUAUCGGGAUGGGAACGAGUCGUUUAAAGCAACGACCAUCAUCAUUGUUGGCUACAUUCUCGCAAAGACAGAGCACACUCGAUCCUGAUCUCGGAUUGGUGUUGGACGUCAACGACAAUGAAGUGACGACGACGCCCGGUGGCGCAGUGGAUCGCUGGCAGGCGGCCCGGCCGACCGCCCACCCCACAACCCUGGCUCGAUCCCCGGCCGGGCAAAAGCCGAGACGAACUUUCGCCGAUCUCACCCCCUCCACGCCAAAUCAACAACGAAUACACAAAAAUGCGCCCGAAUUGCAAUUUUUACAGUUACCCCAUCAGAUGCCAACCCUUUGCGAGUCGUCGAUGUCGUUUUCGGAUAUAAUGAUACGAUUGAAUGAUGGCAAAGAUGGAAAAGAUCCACCAGAAACCCUGCCAUUCGCCUCGCUUCUACCAAAUAUCACGAAAGUCUCCGAUCUCAACCUUUUAUCUCCAUUACAAUUGGAAGAUUCCCCUGAUUCGGGCAUCGGUUGCUCUGGCCCAAUUCACAUCGAGGACUGGUCAUCGCUGUCCGUUCUUUUGCCAAGUCAUGUCGCUGAAGCGUGCUCGUUUUUUAAGCAGAACACAAACCUCUUGGGAACAUCGUCGCAGCACUCCAAUUGUAUUGAGGGAUCACGAAAGUUGCCCGAGCCAUGUAGGACGUGUUUCCGCGUACGGCGACGCCUUCACCCACCGCAUUGGGCACAGAACUCACAGAGCAGACAUAUUCUUUGCGAUUGUACAGCAUCGGAGAUCGUCGAGAGGGCCAUCGAAUUCGCGCCAAGACCUACAAGGUCUCUCUCAUCGAGACCAUCAUUGGCGGCUAGAGAGCUCUCUGUGGUCGGAUUGCCGAUUUAUGCCGCAAAGAGGACACUCGUUGAGGCGGUUGUUGAAGGAGUGGCUGCAGUGCUUCGGGGUGACGGUGCAUCGACUCUUGUCGCAGGAAUGAUUUGUCUUGUGCAAGAUGGGUUAAGAGAUCGAUCGAAUGCAUGGAAAAUGAUCACAACUUUGACUGCGCCUGGUCCUGCGACAAAGGAUGUUUACUCAAUCGUGAAAGAUUUGAACGCGUCAAAUGAGGCGAAUGAUCGAAAAGUCGAGAUAUUCUUUGAGGAAUUGCUCAGGGAAUGCUCUUUGGAUUGCUGGCUUUGUUAUGUGAUUUUGAAAGAGAAUGUCCUCAAUCGUCUCUAUAGGGAAGGAGCUUUUCUCCUCUCAGCUCCAUCAGCUUAUCGAAGUCUUUUAUGGAGAUUGGUCGAGAGUCUCGAGUUGCUCUCAUCGAUUGAAGCCCGUUCCGGUACUCGAUCGAUGUUCUCAUGUGUAGGAGCGUCUCGACUUGCAUCGGAUUCUCGUGUCCCCAAAUCCAGCUCUGUACCAGCGAGAUUAAGCUUUACACCGAGACAAAGAUCACGGAUUCCAUUGCCAUUGAGGAGGCCAUGCUAUUCGAGCUCAAAAUCGCGUUCUCCAUCUCGUUCUUCCCAUCGAAUGGCCUCAAUAUUAACCGAUUCAAAUGAGCCGGGAUAUUUGGCGGUUCGUGGCGGGGAAAAGGUUCGAAUCCUCUCGAAACGUGGUGAAAUGGCUCGCUGUGAGCGUCUCCAUCCAUUGCGAAAUCACGUCGUCAACGGCAUUGUCCCAGUCGCGAAUUUGGCUCUUCAU